AUGGCAAGUCUUGUCUGGCAGGUGGGUGGCAGGUCUGAAGCAGAGACAUAUGCAUCGGUUCUGCUUAGAACCGAGUUCGAAGGUGACUUUUACGCCUCGGUUCUCAUCAUAACCGAGUUAGUAGCAUGGCAAGUCUUGUUUGGCAGGUGGGUGGCAGGUCUGAAGCAGAGACAUAUGCAUCGGUUCUGCUUAGAAUCGAGUUUGAAGGUGCCUUUAGGCAUCGAUUUCACGGAAAUCGAGUUACUAACAUCUAUCAGAGGAAAUGAGACUGAUCAUUUGGCUCUGCUGGAAUUCAAGAAAUCUAUAUCCAGAGAUCCAUAUGGAAUCUUACUUUCUUGGAAUACUUCUACUCACUUUUGUGACUGGUCUGGAAUAACAUGCAAUCUCAAGCUUCAAAGAGUUACACAGUUAGUUUUGUCAAGGUACAAGUUGGAGGGAUCCAUAUCUCCCCACAUAGGAAAUCUCUCUUAUAUGAUCAAUUUCGAUCUAGCAGUCAACAACAUCCAUGGCAAAAUACCACAGGAACUGGGACGGUUGUCACGUCUGCAACAACUAUCUCUCAGAAACAAUUUAUUGGUAGGAGAAAUUCCUACAAACUUGACUGGAUGUAAUGAUCUCAGAUUCUUGUACUUACAGAGAAAUAAUCUUACUGGCAAAAUACCGAUCGAGAUUGGCUCACUUCAAAAGCUUGAAUGGUGGGUUAUUUCUACUAACAAGUUAACAGGAGAAAUCCCUUCUUUCAUAGGUAAUCUUACAUCCCUCACAGUUAUCGAUGUUGAUAGUAACAACUUUGAAGGACAUAUACCACAGGAAAUAUGCCAUUUCAAAAACUUGACAUUUGCAUCAUUUGGUCAAAACAAAUUCACUGGAACAUUACCUUCUUGUCUUUAUAACAUGUCAGCUCUUACUAUGAUCUCAGCUACAGAUAAUCAAUUAAGUGGCUCUCUUCCACCUAACAUGUUUCACACCCUCCCAAAUCUUCAAGAAUUUUACAUUGCUGAGAAUCAAAUAUCUGGUCGAAUCCCACCUUCCAUCACCAAUGCAUCCGCAUUCUUUUUAGCACUUGAGGCCAGUCGAAACAGUCUCACUGGACAAAUUCCAAGCAUGGGGAAGUUCCAAUAUCUUGAUAUCAUAUCUCUGUCUUGGAACCAUCUAGGUGACAAUUCAACUACUGAUUUCGAUUUUCUAGAAUCAUUGGCUAACAGUAGUGUUUCUGCCGAACUGGAACGGAGAGGACUCCUGCCGCUACAGUCCCGAAACACUCAUUCUGUUAUGUUCCGCACACCUUCCUUCGCCUCUGUCUGCUUCUCUUCCUGCUGCCGGUAUCUGGUGUAA